AUAGUUUAGCACACUAAUAAAAAAAAGAAAAGCGAUGAAUAGAGAGAGAGAAAGUAAAACAUCAGAAUAUCGUUAAUUUGGGAAUGUUGUUGGCGGCGCCGCAGCCCUCCUCCUCCGCCGCACAUUAGCCGCUAAUCACCACCGGAUGAAGCAAAAUCAAAGCCAAAUCUCUAUUUAAUCUGCUUAAUUCGUCAACUAGGUUUAUGGAUCCAUGUCCUUUUGUGAGGUUAACAGUGGGGAAUCUGGCCCUAAAAAUUCCCGUAGCGGCGAAGCCAGUUCGCUCCGCCGUGCAUCCGUCUUCGUCGCCGUGCUUCUGUGUAAUCAAGCUGAACAACUUUCCGAUUCAGAACGCAGCGGUGCCCUACAUUCCUCCGGAAAGCACUCAGUUUCCCGACGGCAACUCUCAGGCCCUCGCCGCCACUUUCCACCUCAACAAGUCCGAUGUCGACAGGCUCACCGGGAAGUCCUCCCUUUUCCCCACCUCGAAAAAGCCCCAACUUAAAAUCUCGGUUUACUCCGGCCCCCAGGGGGCCACUUGCGGCGUCAGUUCCGGGCGGCUGCUGGCGAAAAUCUGCAUGGAGUUGGAUCUGGCGGCGGCGGAAUCGAAGGCGGUGGUUUUCCACAACGGGUGGAUUAAUGUGGGGAAAGAGAACAAGAGUAGUGUUUCGCAGUUUCACUUGAAUGUCAAGGCGGAACCCGACCCGAGAUUCGUAUUCCAAUUCGACGGAGCCCCUGAAUGCAGCCCGCAGGUUUUUCAAAUACGAGGGAAUAUUCGUCAGCCCGUUUUCACCUGCAAGUUCAGUUUUCGUACAGCCGACCGCAAUCAACGCUCCAGGUCAUUGCCAACAGAACACAGUGGUGGUGGUGGUGUUGCAAGAAGGUGGUUAAGUUCAUUGGGGAGUGAGAGAGAAAGGGUCGUCAAAGAAAGAAAAGGAUGGUCCAUCACAGUACACGACCUCUCCGGUUCGCCAGUUGCAGCAGCAUCAAUGGUGACACCGUUUGUGGCAUCACCCGGUUCAGACCGAGUGAGCCGUUCGAACCCGGGUUGUUGGCUCAUUCUCCGCCCGGGCGACUCGACUUGGAAGCCGUGGGGCCGCCUCGAGGCAUGGCGUGAGCGCGGCUCUGCAGACGCCAUUGGUUAUAAAUUCGAACUCAUUCCGGACUCUGCAUCAGCUGCUGCGGGCAUCGUGUUGGCAGAUUCGAAGAUAAGCUGCAGCAAGGGGGGCAAAUUCAUCAUUGACAAUGGAAACGCGAGUGGUGGUGGUAGCAAUGCUGGCUCUCCUGUGUGCAGCCCGCAUGGGAGUGGGGAUUUCGGGUAUGGGCUUUGGCCGUAUUGCAGUAUGUACAGAGGGUUUGUGAUGGCGGCAAGUGUUGAGGGGGAGGGGUAUAAUGGUAAAACGGCAGCGGCUCCGUUGGUGGAGGUGAGUGUGCAGCAAGUUAAGUGUUUGGAGGAUGCGGCGGCUUUUGUGGCCUUGGCGGCGGCUCUAGACCUUAGCGUUGACGCUUGCAGGCUUUUCUCUCGUAAGCUUCGCAAGGAAUUGUGCCCUCCUCCUUCUCAAGAUGUGAUGAUGUUUUGAUCCGUUAUGCCAAACACUUUUUGGCUGGUUUUUUUUCUUCUCUUCGAGUGGUGAUGGGUGGUUUUUUGGAUUCUUUCAUCACUGGUAAUGGUUUUGUGGGUAGUGGUUUUAGGACUAACGGAAAAAUAUAGGAAUGUUGUAUAGAGAAGGAAGGCCCCGCCGUGUUUUUUAGAAAGUGCGGGUCUUUGGAAUUUUUGCUCUUGUUUCUUGUGUCUGAGUUUUUGUUUGAAAAUCGUGAGGAUUUUCUACAAAUUGACUCCCGUAUCUCUUGUUUUGCUUAGUUGGAUUAUCGAUCUUGUGUUUUUGUGCAUUCGAUCGGUUUAGAUGUUAGAUGCUUAUACAGGGUUAAACUCUAACCUUUGGCAGUUUCAAGAGCCUCGUGUAUUGCCAGAAAUUCAUUUACUAAGAUUUGUGAUAUUUUGGUCGAAAUUUGCUUUGAUUAUAUUUGUAGCUAAAUGCCGGUUAAGUUUUGAGAGAGCAGCCGAACAAAGGUCAAACGGACUGUAAUCAAGCUCAAAAUGAAUAGCUCGAGUAGCUUGAUUUUUUGUAGGUA